UGGUGUUUCCAUUCUCUCUCUCGCUCUCAUCACCCCAAAACCCCGGCUGCUCACUCUCUCUCUCUCUCGCCCUCUCUCCUCCCAGCGCAGUAACAGCUAAAGCACAGACGAUGAUCUCUCUCUUUCUCUCCUAACCAUGUUUCUCUCUCUCCCGCUCCCUCUCUCCUCCCAGCGCAGUAACAGCUAAAGCACAGACGAUGAUCUCUCUCUUUCUCUCCUAACCAUGUUACUGAGGAAUUCUUAUUGCUAUGAAACAAAAGCAGAAAGAAAAAAAAGCAACAAAAAUACCUUCUUUUAAUUCCCAAACCAAAAAAGCAAACGCUAUCUGUCUGUGUUUCUCUCCCUCUCCCUCCUCUCUACUUUCUCCAUUAAAACCACUCAACAUUCUCUCUCUGUCUCUCUGUCUCUACUUUUUCUAAAGAAAGAAACUGGAAAAGGAUCGAAGCUUUUGAUUCGGCGGAGGCCCAGAGGACUAUUUCCCAACUAUCCAUUUUCUUAUAUUUUAUUUUACAAGUACCCAUUUCAUUAGAUUUGUCUGAAUUUUACAUCGAACAAUGUCGGCUCCGGCGCCGUCGACCAACACAACCUCGCCACCACCACCCACAGCUCCGGCGCCUUCUACGACUCCGAGUGCACCGCCUCCAUCGACUCCGAGUGCACCGCCACCAGCGACACCGAGCGCGCCACCACCAGCCACUCCGUCGUCACCACCACCACCGUCUUCGACCACACCCACACCCACACCACCAUCGACAACUCCACCUCCAGCCUCUUCUGCAUCUCCGCCGCCGCCGACAUCAACCACUCCCUCUCCUCCACCGCCGAAAUCAACCACCCCAUCUCCUCCACCGCCGAAAUCAACCACACCAUCUCCUCCGCCGCCGACUGGUUCGGGUUCUACGCCAUCUACCCCGUCAAAGAGUCCUCCGCCUCCGCCACAAUCGUCUUCGUCGCCGUCGCCACCAUCUUCAGGCUUGGACACGGGGGUUAUAAUCGGGAUUGCCAUCGGGGCUGUGGCGAUCUUACUGGUGCUGAGUCUUCUCUGCAUUUGUUGCAGUAAGAAGAAGAAAAGGAGAAGAAGUGAUGAAGAGUAUUAUAUGCCUCCGCCGCCGCCUCCUGGGCCCAAAGUUGACCCAUAUGGUGGUCCGCCGCAUGAGUGGCAACAAAAUGCUCCUCCGCCUGGUAAUCAUGCAGUCACACUGACGCCAAAGCCAUCUCCACCACCACCAGUAGCAGCACGGCCACCACACUCACCACAAUAUAAUCCAAGUCCGGGAGCAGCACCACCACCACCUUUCACAAGCAGCAGUGGAGGUUCUGGUUCCAAUUAUUCAGGGGGUGAUCUACCCCCACCACCACCUCCACCAGGCUAUACCUUGGGAUUUUCUAAAAGCACAUUCACAUAUGAGGAACUAGCAUUGGCAACUGAAGGCUUCUCGGAUUCCAAUCUUCUUGGUCAAGGUGGAUUUGGAUAUGUACACAAAGGAGUCCUUCCAAAUGGGAAGGAAGUAGCAGUCAAGCAGCUGAAAGCCGGAAGUGGGCAAGGGGAACGUGAAUUCCAGGCAGAAGUUGAAAUUAUUAGCCGUGUACAUCAUAGGCAUCUUGUUUCAUUGGUUGGAUAUUGCAUGACUGGAUCCGAGAGACUACUGGUUUAUGAGUUUGUUCCCAAUAAUACUUUGGAGUUUCACUUACAUGGAAAAGGGCGACCUACCAUGGAUUGGUCAACAAGAUUAAAAAUUGCUUUAGGAUCUGCCAAAGGAAUAGCAUAUCUUCACGAAGACUGUCAUCCAAAAAUCAUUCAUCGUGAUAUUAAAGCAGCUAAUAUACUUUUGGAUUUCAAGUUUGAGGCAAAGGUUGCGGAUUUUGGACUUGCCAAGCUUUCGUCCGAUGUUAAUACUCACAUUUCCACCCGAGUGAUGGGAACUUUUGGGUAUCUAGCUCCGGAAUAUGCUUCAAGUGGAAAACUCACUGACAAGUCAGAUGUUUACUCCUUUGGUGUUAUGCUUUUGGAGUUGAUUACUGGACGCCGGCCUGUUGAUGCAUCUCAAACUUACAUGGAGGAUAGUUUGGUAGACUGGGCAAGGCCUGUGCUAAAUCGAGCGUUGGAAGAAAGAAACUUUGAUGAACUGGUUGACCCUAAGCUUCAAAACAGUUACGACCCCAAUGAGAUGGCUCGCAUGGUUGCUUGUGCUGCAGCUUGUGUACGUCAUUCUGCACGGCGUCGACCUCGAAUGAGUCAGGUUGUCCGAGCUUUAGAGGGCGACGUGUCUCUUUCUGAUCUCAACGAAGGAAUCCGGCCUGGGCAGAGCAAUGUCUAUAGCUCUUACGGGAGCUCAGACUACGACACAAGCCAAUACAAAGAUGACAUGAAAAAGUUCAGGAAGAUGGCAUUGGGAAGCCAGGAGUACGGUGCUAGUAGUGAGUAUAGCGCGCCCACAAGUGAUUACGGUUUGUAUCCAUCUGGCUCAAGCAGCGGGGAAGGCCAAAGCCGCCAAACCACCCGAGAAAUGGAGUUGGGAAGGAUAAAGAAAACCAACCACGGUUUUAGCAGCGGAACCUCUUAACGGCCAGUGCACAAAUUUUUUUUCCUGUAAAGAGUUACCCCUUCCCAUAUUCUUAACACACCUCUUUAUCAACAUUGAUUUCAAGAACACAGCGUGUUUUAGCACCGGUUCAAUCUAUUUUUUCCCCUCUUCGAAAUAAUCGAGUUUUCGGUUUUCGGUUUUACAGUGUCUGUAGCAGCGCUUAUGCAGCAGUCAACAAAAGAUUCUUUACCAAUUCUUUUAUUUGUGGUUAAUCUUCCUUCUUUCACAGAUUGUUCCCAAACAUCUCUUAUAAUAGUUUCUUAUCAUUACAAUUUUUCCAGACA